CAUGCAAUUUGGAAGCCACUGCUGAACGGGCGUCUCGUCAACGAGGCUGUUCAUCACUCUGAUGCGCCCACUAUCAGUGCGGCCAUAGUGAUUGGCAUGCACGUCGCUAGCCAUUGACUAAGGAUCAAGCAUGAGCAUCUGGGCAGGUUAAGCGACGAUGCCCCGUCGACGAGCAGGAACGUGCCGUGCCUCGCUGCUCACCCAUAUAUGAACGGUGCUAUGCCCUGCCGCAAGGCACACACGCUCUUCCCCUUCCCCUUCCCCUCCUCUUCUCCUUCUGGCUGACGAUGGUGUCCUCAAUAGCCUCCACGUCGUUCGUCACCCUUGCGCUGUGCGCUGCUCUUACGCAUGCUGCCCCGAGCGCGCCCCAUGCCCGCCGCGCCGCGCCGAGCGGUCUCUCUAUGAAGGCUUCCGGCACAGGUGUGCGCAUCAUGGACCUUGGAGCCUCUUCUGCUGGAGGCAGCGGUUCAGAUGGCGGGGAGGCGGUCACCGACGUGCAGGACGUCUUGUACAAAAUCGAAAUCGGACUCGCCGGCGGAACAUACGUUGUUCAGAUGGAUACCGGUUCCGCUGAUCUCUGGAUCUAUGCCCCUAACGACAACCUCAAACUCACGAACCAGUCUGGAAUUACCACUAACUUGACGUACGGUACCGGCUCUGCCGAAGGCGAGAUCGUGUUUGGAGAGCUCAGACUCGGUAACUACACGAUUCCCAGCCAAGCUUUCGUCUCUGCCUCUUCUGCAGAGGACUUCUCCUUCUUUGAUCAAGGUGUCGUCGGCAUCCUCGGGCUUUCGUUUGACGACACGAACCUCUCGCCCAUCAAUGCGGCCAUUGAGGAUGCAUGGGGCUCAUCUUCGACACUCGGGCGCACACCCAUCAGCAGCAUCUUCGCUCAGGACCCGAGCGUGCCGGACUCGUUCGACAUCCAGCUCGACCGCUCGAGCGACCUCGACGACACGUCGACGGGCACGUUCCUCAUUUCGGAGCAUCUCGACGACUUCGCGAACAUCACGAGCCAGCCACAGCUGCCCCGCCAGGCUGUCGGCCGCUGGAGUGUGCCGCUCGAUGGCAUGUCGGUGAACGGACAGGUUUUCGCAUUCGGCCCAUCCUCGAUCUCUACCGUCCCUGCGGGAAAGAUCGCGGCGCUUCUCGAUACCGGCUAUUCGUUCCCCCCACUGCCGCCUGAUGCGGUAGACGCGAUCUACUCGACCGUACCCGGCGCCGUGAAGUUCAGCGACUCGAUCCCGCAAUGGUUGGUACCCUGCGAUGCUGGUACAAACGUCACCUUCACUCUCGGUGGCAAGCCCUUCCCCGUGCACCCUCUUGAUCUGACUGCCGUCGGUCAGACGGUGGUUACACAGAACGGCCAGGACCAAAAUGUCACUUACUGCUAUAACUCAUACCAGUACCUCGACCUCGACCCGACCGACUUUUCCGGGUUCGACGCCAUCCUCGGUGACGCCUUCCUGCGCAACGUCUACGCCUCGUUCAACUACGGCGGCAGCCCCUCGUCCGGCAACGAGAGCUUCGUCCAACUCAUCUCGACGACGGACCUGGACGCGGCGUGGCCCGACUUCGCGGCCUCGCGCGCCCAGACGCUCGCCGCGCUCCCGCCAACGAUCGACCCCGCGACGCUCGCGAGCCUCGUGAACGGCGACGACGGAGACACGACCGACGACAGCGUCGCAGGCGCAGACGCCGUGUCCUCCUCCGUCUCUGCGUCCUCCACGGUCCCGUCCACGUCGACCACCGCGGUGCGCGGGACGAGCUUGCCGACCGGGGCGGCGUCGUCCGCGGGGGACAGCGCCGACGACAAGCUCUACGCGCUCGUCGACAAGUACGGCCCGGUCAUCGUCGGGCUCCUCGCGGGCAACAUCGUCGUCGGCGUCAUCCUCUGCGCUAUCGCGCUCGCCGCGUGCAUGCGUGGCGUCGUCAAGGGCGGCGCGCAAACGCGGAACAUCAACUCGAGCUACGCGCCCGUGCGCUUCAAGGAGGCCGAGGUGCACGGCGGCGGCGACAGCCGUUCGUAUCAGGAUUGAGUUCGGGUUUGGUGUAUAUCGGGGAUUUGGCGCUGAUCUACGUUGUUUCUUGCUUUCAUGGGACAUUCUUGUUUUGGUCGCACUGUUGUAUGUAAAUUAUUAAUGCACGGGUACUUCAAUCAUCGUUUCAAGAUGAGCAACGAUCGAGAGCAUGAUAGUGAUGUUGC